AUGGACAAAACUACACAAAUCCAUGUUGAUGACAAUGGUAGGCAGGGUGGCACCGGAGGGCUGCGCGAUGUCGAAGCCAAGUUGAGCAGCGCUGAUGACGCUAGAGGCAGGCAGGGAGGUGCCAGGGAUGACACCAGAGGGCUGGACGAUGAGGAUGGAGCCUUGGAGGGCCUAAACUUUGCCAGGGAGAGAGAAAGAGAGAGAGA